CCGCGGCGCCCAGGCCGCGCCCGCCCUCUCCGCGCGCGCGCAGGUAUCCCAGAACCCAUGGCGUCCGAGCGGCCCUCGAGCCGGCCUGCGUGCCUCCUUGUGGCCAGCGGCGCGGCUGAGGGUGUGUCCGCCCAGUCUUUCCUGCACUGUUUCUCGCUAGCCAGCGCCGCCUUCAACCUGCAGGUGGCCACCCCGGGGGGGAAGACCUUGGACUUCGUGGAUGUGAACGAGAGCAAUGCCCGCUGGGUGCAGGACUUCCGCCUCAAGGCCUAUGCCAGCCCUGCCAAGCUGGAGUCCAUUGAUGGUGCCCGCUACCAUGCCCUCCUGAUCCCCAGCUGUCCCGGGGCCCUGGCCGACCUAGCCAGCAGCGGGUCGCUGGCCCGCAUUCUUCAACACUUCUGCUCCGAGAGUAAACCCAUCUGUGCCAUUGGCCAUGGUGUUGCUGCCCUCUGCAGUGCCACCGCGGAGGACAGGUCCUGGGUGUUUCAAGGCUACAGUGUCACUGGCCCCUCUGUGUACGAGCUUGUCCGGGUACCUGGCUUCGCCCACCUGCCCCUCAUCGUGGAGGACUUUGUCAAGGAAGCAGGAGCCAGCUUCAGUGCCAGCCAGCCCGAUGCUGUACAUGUGGUGCUGGACCGUCACCUGGUCACGGGCCAGAACGCCAGCUCGACUGUCCCAGCUGUGCAGAACCUGCUGUUUCUUUGCGGCAGCCGGAAGUGAGGCAGCUCCCCGCUGAGCCUACCGGACAGCCAGUGGACGCUACCACCCUCAGACUCUAAGUGUCCCCAGAAACAACCAGAAUCAACCUCUAGGACCUGCCUCUUGAGAGUGACUUCCGGCCUCCUGACCCAGCCUCGUGGCAUUGUCGGAGGCCCCCAGCAGUGAGCCCGGACAGGCCCCCUAGCUCCCAGCACACACUGCUUGCGUAAGGGGUGGACGGCACAAGGGUGCUGUGCUGGUCGCCAGGUACUCCUUGCAAAUUCCAGGUGGACUGUCCAUGGAGCCAGCUCAGGGGGCCUGAGAUGGGGUGUUGGCCCCUCUGGUCUUCCUGGGGCGCCUGGCUCGGGGCCCCUUUGUGUGUCCCCCACCUUCGUUUGAUGGGUGCUGCCACAUGCAGCCUCUCAAGACAAAGCGAGGACGGAAGCAGAGCGGUGGCCCCGCCGCCCCAGGCCGCUCUCUCCUAGCCCUGGGGGCCGCGUUGCGGCCCCCACACACCAUCUUCCUCGGAAGCCUUCCCUGGGGGGACACUCUCGGGGGUCUGUCACACUUGUCCUGCACAGCGCACAGCUCCCUUGCUGGCCCUGUGUCUGCAGUUAGCUCCACGUGGUGAGGGGGCAUCUCUGGACGAAAACUUUGAAAGAUCGCACCUUAGGGGCAUCAUAUAUUAUCUGUAAGGAGCCGAGUGACCUUGCUGAUGGCUUCUGAUCGGCCAGAUCUUUUGUCAUUGCUCCAGAUCAGGUCACGAGGGGGGCUCUGCUCCACGGGGUUCUGUCUCCCUGCAGCUUGGUCCUGGGCUGGCCAGAUCCAGGGGCUGGGGCUGGGGGCAGCCCAACAGGCUGGGAUGAUGCAGGCAAAAGUUCUAGGACAGUGGGGUAGGUGCUGGUGGCUUCUCUGGCCCUGCCCUCUGGGAACCCCCCACAUGCCCAGACUCAACAUCUACCCCAGAGAAAAACUUAAACCCCAUAGAGAUGGUGUGCAGAAGACUGGCAUUGUUCACCAUGAUGAAUGAGUAGAUUAUAGCUUCUGAAUGGACAAUAUUGAUGUCCACAUGGUGGAAUAUUUGGCUAGAAAAAGUGAGGUUCUGUUGAUAUUCUACAACACGAGUGAACCCUGAAAACAUCAUGUAAAGGGAAAGAAACCAGACAUUAAGGGCCCUGUGUGACUACGACCCCAUUUAUAUGCAAUAUUCAUAAAGUC